AUGCUUCCUACUGAGCAGACCAGCGCAAUCAGGGAGCGCACCGGCGCCGAUGUAAAGGAGGACAACCGUUCAGAGUCCCUCGAGUCUGAUCCAAAGGAGAAGGUUGACGUAACCAGUCCUUCUGACGACGACGACGACGACGAGAAUAAGCCAACUCUGUACACCAAAUACAGGCCAUAUAUUUUGACGGCUUUCGCACUCGUGAUUUUGGGCUGGUGGAUAAGUGCAACUGUUCUCGAAGCUACGAGGCAUAGAUGGAUUGUUCAAACUGUGUUUGCAUGGGCAUUCAUCGCAAUCAUUGCCUUCCGGUUUAUUGACAAUUCAGUCAUUUCGGGACCCAUAAGCGCUGUCUGGGAGCCCACCGUUCAGAAACCAUGGUAUAGGCUACCAUACAGAGCCAGACUUGCCAUCGGUUGGUUGUGCCUUCUAGCCAUCGUUUUUGGUUCCGCAUUCGGAUUUAAGCUUCAAGGGAAUACCACAUUUGGAGAUCGUGCAAUCAGCGUUCUUGGGCUGUUAGUUUUCCAGUUUGGGUUCUGGGCAACGUCAAAGAAACGAAGUGAAAUACCCUGGCCAACCGUCAUUGUCGGACUGUUCCUCCAACAAGUAAUCGCAUUGUUUGUUUUGAAAUCCGGAGCCGGGUUCUCGCUCUUCCACUGGAUUGCCACUUUGGCUGCCGAUUUCCUGGACCAGGCUUUGGCAGGCGCGACAUUCUUUUUCGAUGCAGAUACAAUCAACAAGCACUGGUUCUUCGUCAAUACGCUAUCGACAAUCAUUUUCUUCAUUGCUUUUGUGCAAAUGUUGUAUUAUCUUGGCGUUAUGCAAUGGAUCAUCAAAUAUUUCGCUUGGUUCUUCUUCAAACUAAUGGGAGUCUCUGGAGCAGAGGCUGUUGUCGCCGCUGCUUCUCCAUGGAUUGGUCAAGGAGAAUCCGCCUGCCUUGUUAGGCCAUAUGUCGACCAUCUUACAAUGACGUCCGGUUUUUCGACAAUUGCCGGAUCAGUUUUAGCUGCUUAUAUUGGCCUUGGUGUACCCGCUCAAAACCUGGUGACAUCGUCUGUCAUGAGUAUACCUGCUUCAAUGGCCAUCAGCAAGAUGCGCAUCCCGGAGAUGGACGAGCCUGUAACGCGCGGCCGGAUUACUGUAGACCGUGGUGAAGACAAAGCGAAAGCUCCUGCAAACGCACUCCAUGCAUUCAGUCGCGGUGCUGUCUUCGGUUUGGUUGUUGCUGGGCAUAUCUUCACAAAUGUCCUUACAGUUCUGUCGUUGGUAGCCAUGAUCAACGGAUUACUCACCUGGAUCGGCAGAGGCUUCGGUAUUCACCAACUCACCCUACAGCUCAUACUCCGUUACCUGUUCUACCCCGUCGCCUUCUUCAUGGGCGUUCCCCGCGCAGAGAUCCUCCGAGUGUCCGAGCUCCUCGCCACCAAACUCGUCGCCAACGAGUUCGCCGCAUACUUGGACCUACACGCAAUCACCACCGGUCCCAACCCGCUCUCUCCCCGCGCAUUCACUAUCACAUCCUACGCUCUUUGUGGGUUUGCAAACCUUGGUUCUCUCGGAAUCCAAGUGGGCGUUCUGAGCGCGAUGGCGCCCUCUCGAGCGAAAAUUAUCGCACGCAUCGCACUUUCUGCUAUGAUUUGCGGAUUCAUAUCGACAAUGCAGACAGCUGGAAUAGCGUAA